CGCGCAUGCGCUCAGCGGACAAAGGGCUCUGGGGACUCGGCCGCAGGUUGGAAACAGCAAAGAAUUUGUGAACAGGAAUCCCAAAAAUAACAACACGUCACUGUUGCUGUCUCUGUCUAGAUAUUUCCUUGGUAACACCAAUAAGUAUAUCUCAUCCCAGCUGGUAAUGUCCUUUGUGUCUGAGAUGACUUCAGCUGCAUUGAUUGCGCAAGCGAUUCUCUCUGUCUGACUUCGGACUUGAUACAUUGCCAGAGAAUUCAUAGAGAACUGUGGGAAAGAAUUCACACACUCAUCCCACCUGCAGAGAUAUCAGUGAGUUCACACUGGGGAGAGGCCAUUCACCUGCUCAGACUGUGGGAAGGGAUUCACUCAGUAUGACCUUGUGACAUUGUUGUCACAUCAAUGAGUUCACACUUGGGAGAUGCUGCACACCUGUUCAGAUUGCGGGAAGGGAUUCUCUCAGUCAUCUCAACUGAAGGUACAUCAACGAGUUCACACAGGAGAGAAGCCAUUCUCCUGCUCAGACUGUGGGAAGGGAUUCACUCAGUCUGCUGACCUGCUGGCACAUCAGUCAGUUCACACAGGGGAGAGACCGUUCACCUGCUUAAACUGUGGGAAGGGAUUCACUCACUCAUCCAAUCUCAAGAGACAUCAGCGAAUUCACACAGGAGAGAGGCCAUUCACCUGCUCUGUGUGUGGGAAGGGAUUCACUCAGUCAUCCAGCCUACAGACACACCAGCGAGUUCACACUGGGGAGAGGCCAUUCACCUGCUCAGACUGUGGGAAGGGAUUCUCUCAGUCAUCUGACCUGAAGGUACAUCAGCGAGUUCACACUGGUGAGAGGCCAUUCACCUGUUCUGUGUGUGGGAAGGGAUUUACUCGUUCGUCCCACCUACAGAUACAUCAGUCAGGUCACACUAGGGAGAGGCCGUUCACCUGCUCAUACUGUGGGAAAGGAUUCUCUCAGUCAUCUGACCUGAAGGUUCAUCAGCGAGUUCACACUGGGGAGAAGCCAUUCACUUGUUCAGACUGUGGGAAGAGAUUCAGUCGGUCAUCCCACCUGCAGAUACACCAGUCAGUUCACACUGGGGAGAGGCCAUUCACCUGUUCAGACUGUGGGAAGGGAUUCACUCAAUCAUCACACCUACUGGCACACCAGUCAGUUCACACUGGAGAGAGGCCAUUCACCUGCUCAUACUGUGGGAAGGGAUUCAGUCGGUUAUCCCACCUGCAGAUACACCAGUCAGUUCACACUGGGGAGAGGCCGUUCAUCUGCUUAGACUGUGGGAAGGGAUUCACUCAGUCAUCACACCUGCUGGCACACCAGUCAGUUCACACUGGGGAGAGGCCAUUCACCUGCUCAGUCUGUGGGAAGGGAUUCACUCAAUCAUCACAUCUACUGGCGCACCAGUCAGUUCACACUGGAGAGAGGCCAUUCACUUGCCCAAACUGUGGGAAGGGAUUCACUCGGUCAUCCAGUCUCAAGACACACCAGUCAAUCCACACUGGGGAGAGGCCAUUUACCUGUUCUGUGUGUGGGAAAGGAUUUGCUCGGUCAUCUCAACUGGACACACAUCAGCGAGUUCACUCGAGGGAGAGGCCAUUCACCUGCUUAGACUGUGGGAAGGGAUUCGCUCAGUCAUCUGACCUGAAGGUACAUCAGCGAGUUCACACUGGGGAGAGGCCAUUCAUGUGUUCAGACUGUGGGAAGGAAUUCGCCCAGUCAUCUCAACUGAAGGUCCAUCAGCGAGUUCACACUGGGGAGAAGCCAUUCACCUGCUUCGAUUGCGGGAAGGGAUUCACUCAGUUAUCUCAACUGAAGGUACAUCAGCGAGUUCACGCUGGCGAUAAAGUUUAGUUGAGCUCGAUAUUUAACCAUCACAGUUGCUGAAUCCAGAUGCAACUUCUAAAGUGACUUACUCAUUUAUUUUUUUGAGAUACAGUGAGGAACAUGCCUUUCCGGCCCUUCGAGCCACACUGUUGAGCGAUCCCCUGAUUUAACUCUUGCCUAAUCAUGGGACAAUUUACAACGACCCAUUAACCUACCAACCGUUACAUCUUUGAACUGUGGGAGGAAACCAGAGCACCUGUAGGAAAUCCAGGUGGCUGACAGCGAGAAUGUACAAAACUCCUUACUGUCAGUGGUGGGAAUUGAACCCAGGUCGCCUGCACUGUAAAGUGUUGUGCUAACCACUACGCUACCGUGCUGAAUUCUGCAAUUAUCGCUGCUGUUCAUCACACCCUGGUCAUUGGGCAUGGGAGGAGUUUCUGCUGCUGAUAGUCAUAUUAAUGGGACCGUACUGAGUGAAUCUACAACACAUCCACUGUACAGAAGGGAGUCAACUCAGCCCAGCUGGCCCUUGCUGCUGUUUCUAAACUAUGACAGACUUUUAAAAUCCAUCCCUGCUGUUCACCUCUCACUCUCCCUAUGAUGAUGGGUUCUAAACAGGCACUAUUCUGUGGUGAAGAGUUCUCCCUUGAAUUACCUUUAUGACUGCAGACUGAAGAAAAAGAUGAGCUGACUGCAGUUAUGUCUGACAUGUUCUCGUACAUAAAAUCUCUGGGCCAAGUAAGAAUGACAUUGAUAUUUAACCUCCGUAUUUCCUGCCCAUUUGAACGUUUUGUGUAAUUUUCACUGUUUCUAUAAAUGGCUGGUUAUUAUGGAUUGUCCUAUCUGUAAUAAUGGAUCAGUCAUAGCAUAAUUUGUAGGCUUCUGACUCUAAAACUGGAUCAGGUUUGUAUUUAUAGUAAGGUAUGAGGUCUUUUAUGAGUUUGUAUUUUAAACUUUUAUGAGUUUUGUAUUUUGGUGAAUUAUAUUUGCCACUUGAUUGUGCUUGUGUCAGAAAUCAGAUUGAGUGAAAUUGCUGCAGGAUCCUGUAAUGUGUUAGAUUUUUUUCUGGUUUCUCUUUGUUGGUCUUUAAUUAUGUAUUUCUGAUAAUAUUUUUAUGUUAACUACCUGUUCCUGUAUCUCCACAAGGAACUCCUCUGUUUCUGGGAAGAGGUCUUCCACUUUGAGCCAGACAUUCGACACUUCCUUGUUAACCUCUGGUCUGCUCAGAUCGUGGGGAUGUCUUCCACAGAGGAUCAUGGCCUUCCAUUGAUUAACUUUUUCUUCUAUAGUGAUAAUUUAUUCAAAGUUCAAAGUUCUGUUAACACGGGUCACCUCAUAGAAACAAUAACCAUUUGUGCGUGGAGAGAAUCUAUUUACUGAUAAGUAGUUUUAUUGGCUCAACUAACAUGUGAAUCGUCAAAUAGAAAAGGUAAUACCCGGGAAAGGCCUUCCUCUUUGUCCCAAUCCAGUCUUCACAUGUCCUACUUGGGGUUGCUCAUAAACAUACCUGUGAUGGUUAUUAACCAGAGUUAUUGCUGUCUCACAUUCAAAGCCGCUCAUUUUUAUGCACUUACCUUACCAGUUCUAAUUUUGCAAUUCCAAUCUUGUUGGCUUUAGAGAAUCUUACUGGCUUGUGUCAUCUUCUUAUUGGCUCCGAUGCAAGCCAGCAUCCAGCUAUUGCCCACUUCUGCAGUGAAAAGUGGUAACUUUUGUCUCUUUGCCCUCAUACAGUUACCAAACUAGUAACCAGCUUGAAUCACUCAGUGCUGACACAGACCUCUCCCCCCAUUCAUACUUCUGAGAACCAGUUUGUUCGAGGUGGUCUUUGAGGGGCAUUCGGAGUGUGGCGGGUGCUUUCAUGCAGACCAUGGGUCCAUUGCAUGAGUAAAGAGAUACAUUCCUGACUACUACGGUAUGAGCUCCAAUGUUAUGUGCACAUCGGACUGGGCCCUUUUAUUUUUAUUUUCCUGUAGCUGUUUGUUAAAGUUGAAAAUUUGGUAAAUAUACUUUAUUUAUAAUUUUA